AAUGAGAUUGAAAAUUACAUGAACGGAAUUGGGAAGCACUGAAAAGUCAAAAACUACUGAGGAAGGAAACCAGCGGUGCAGGUAGCCAGUCACCCACACAACCCCUUCUCCAAGUCUCUCUGUUUUUAUGUAUUUUUUAUUUGGUGAAUUGUGAAGAAGGUGAAGAAAAAAAUCUGAAUUUCUCAAAAAUCCCAAUUUUUUUUCUUCUUUUGGCAAAGUAUCAAUCUGUCACUUUCUAUCGACACCCAGAGGUUUUCUUUUUCUUGUUAGAAAAGAAAACAUUAUGUGAAACCAUUAAAGCUUUCUGUCUCUCCCUCUUUCUCUUCACAAAGUCAGUCUUUUUCUUUUUCUCUAUCUUCUUCUUUCCCAUUUUUCCCGAUUUGCCAGAAAAUUUCUCUGGCUGCUUUUGCUGUUUUUUGCUACCGACUUUCCACACUGCCAGAAUAUGCAUCUCUACAAUGCAUGGCUUCCUCCGCCGGUGGCCGAAGAAACCAAGAGAGAGAAGGACUCAUUUGCUCGCGUGGUUUCCUCUGUUAGGAAUUCAUACAGAACCGACGAUCCCGAUUCCGUUUACUCCACUCUCAAAUGGGUUUCCGUCAUCGACCUUUUCACAAAGGCAAAAAGUGAAAUAUCUUUGGAAGAUGUCAAUGCUAUCGUUGAGAUUGGAUUAGAAUUGUUUGGAAUAUCACAGAACAAGCUUUAUGCCCAGGUUAGAUGGGGAAAUAUGUUAGUCAGGGUACUUAACAAGUAUCGGAAGAAGUUGUCCUUGAAAGUUCCAUGGCGGCCCUUUUAUGAUACUCUAAUCCAUACUCAUUUCAGCAGAAAUGCUGGUCCAGAAGGUUGGAGGUUGAGACAAAGGCAUUUUGAGACUAUUACUUCCCUUGUCCGGUCCUGCCGGAGGUUUUUCCCACCAGGUUCUGCAUUUGAGAUAUGGUCUGAGUUUAGAUCGUUAUUGGAGAACCCGUGGCAUAAUUCAUCCUUUGAUGGAUCGGGAUUUGUGAGACUGUUUCUUCCUACAAACUUGGACAACAAGGAUUUCUUUUCACAGGAUUGGAUUAAAGAGUGUAUGAAUCUGUGGGAAUCUAUACCAAACUGUCAAUUCUGGAAUAGUCAAUGGGCAGCCAUUGUUGCUCGUGUUGUAAAAAACUACGACUUUAUUGACUGGGAAUGCUUUUUACCCACACUUUUCACUAGAUACUUAAAUAUGUUUGAGGUUCCUGUGGCAAAUGGAAGUGGAUCCUUCCCCUUUGCUGUGGAUGUUCCCAGAAACACAAGGUUCUUGUUCUCAAAUAAAACAAUGACCCCUGCAAAGGCCAUUGCAAAGUCAAUUGUGUAUUUAUUAAAACCUGGUAGCAAGUCACAGGAGCAGUUUGAGAAAUUGGUCAACCUCUUAGAACAAUACUACCACCCCUCUAAUGGUGGCCGCUGGACCUAUUCAUUAGAGCGAUUUUUGCUCCAUUUGGUAAUUUCAUUCCAAAAACGCCUACAGAAUGAACAACUGAACAGUGAUAGCAGCAAGCCUGCUGACCAUUUUCUAGGAAGAUCAGAAAGGAAGUCUUUUGUCAAUGUGUUGCUGAAGUUAAUUGAUCGUGGUCAAUAUAGCAAAAAUGAACAUCUUUCUGAGACAGUUGCUGCUGCCACUUCAAUCUUGUCUUAUGUGGAGCCUACCUUGGUCCUGCCUUUUGUUGCAUCUAGGUUCCAUAUGGCUUUGGAAACGAUGACUGCAACCCAUCAAUUAAAAAUUGCACUGGUGUCAGUAGCAUUUGUUGGGCGUUCUCUAUGUCUCACGUCCCUGUCAGAUUCAGAUUCUGCAGCAGCAACAAUUGAUCUUGGUAGUGAUGGUGCUUUAACUGAUCUUCUGAUGGCUUCAUUGUCCAAUGCGUUACUUGGUAUGGAUGCCAAUGAUCCUCCUAAAACCUUGGCAACCAUGCAAUUAAUUGGUUCCAUAUUUUCCAAUUUGGUUUCAUUGGAUGAUGAUAUAGAUUCACUACCCUUCAUGCCAAUGCUUCGUUUUUCUGAAUGGCUGGAUGAGUUCUUAUGUCGCUUAUUUUCCUUGCUUUUACACUUGGAACCCAGCAGCGUUAUGAAUGAAGGUAUACACUUAUCAGCAUUAUCAGGAACUUUUCUGGUUGAGGAUGGUCCAUACUAUUACUGCAUGCUUGAGAUCUUAUUUGCAAGACUUUCAAAACCUCUGUAUAAUCAGGCCUUGAGGAAGAUCUCCAAAUUUGUGAGGACAAAUAUUCUUCCUGGGGCAAUAGCAGAGGUUGGACUGCUUUGUUGCGCAUGUGUUCAUUCAAACCCAGAAGAGGCAGUUACUCAACUUGUUGAGCCUAUUUUGGUUUCUGUUUUAUCCUCUUUAAAAGGAAUACCUGUCACUGGAUUUGGAGGAAGCGGGAUAUCAAAUGCCCCAGUUUCAACCAAGGCAAAACCUACGAUCUCUCCAGCUCUUGAAACAGCAGUGGAAUACCAAAUGAAAUUAUUAUCAAUUUCUAUUAGCUAUGCAGGCAGUGCAGUUCUCCGCUUCAAGGAUCAGUUAAAAGAAGCUAUUGGCUAUGCUUUUGAGUCACCAUCUUGGAAGAUCAAUGGAGCCAGUGAUCAACUUCUUCGAUCCCUCCUUGGAUGCCUGAUUUUUUACUAUCCUAUUGAUCAGUACAAGUGUAUUUUGCAUCAUCCAGAUACUGCUGCAUUGGAGGCAUGGAUUGGCACAAAAGAUUAUUCUGAUGAUAAACUGUUGAUGGGACCGAAGUGGCACAUCCCAAGUGUUGAAGAAGUUCAGUUUGCAAAUGAACUUUUGGACCUUCAUUUUCGUUCAGCUUUGGAUGAUCUGUUGAGAAUAUGCCAAACUAAAAUGCAUACUGAUCCAGGAGAUGAGAAAGAGCACUUAAAAGUGACUCUUUUGCGUAUAGAUUCUGCAUUGCAAGGUGUUUUGUCUUGCUUACCUGAUUUCAGACCAUCCACUAGAAAUGGGAUGGUUGAAGAUUCAGGUCAUGGUUCUUUUUUGAUAGCUGGAGCAACUGGUUCGAGUGUUGGCAGUACUGAAUUGCGGGAAAAAGCUGCUGAGAUUAUUCAUACGGCUUGCAAAUACUUAUUAGAGAAAAAAUCAGAUGACAGCAUACUUUUGAUACUCAUUAUUCGUAUAAUGGAUGAUUUAGGAAACUAUGGAAUUUUGGAAUAUGAUGAGUGGGCACAUCACAGGCAAGCUUGGAAGUUAGAAUCUGCUGCUAUAAUAGAACCUCCAAUAAAUUUCAUUGUGUCAUCUCAUUCUAAAGGAAAAAGAAGGCCUAGGUGGGCACUUAUUGACAAGGCAUACAUGCAUAAUACAUGGAGAUCAUCACAGUCAUCCUAUUAUCUAUAUCACACUGAUGGGAAUUUCUGUCCAUCAGACCAUUUGAACCUUUUGAUAGAAGAUCUUCUAAACCUGUCCUUGCACAGCUAUGAAACUGUUCGUGCGCUUGCUGGAAAAUCUCUUUUAAAGAUGCUCAAGAGAUGGCCAUCUAUGAUUUCAAAGUGUGUUCUCACUUUAACUGAGAACUUACGGAAUCCCAAUUCACCAGAAAAUGCUGUGCUAGGUUCUUGCUCAAUACUUGCCACACAAGUUGUUCUCAAGCAUUUGACAAUGGAUCAAAAGGCAUUCUUUUCAUUUAUUCUUGGGAUUCUUUCGAGCUCUCAUCAUGAAUCACUGAAAACCCAGAAAGCAAUUAAUGAGCUUUUUGUCAAAUACAACAUCCACUUUUCUGGAGUAUCUAGAAGCAUUUUUGGGACAUCCAAGGAUCACCCAGAUGGUCAGGAUUUUGCGGAUUUGGUUUGUCAGAUUGGUUCUAUGAGUUUUGAUUCUACUGGCUUACACUGGAGGUACAAUCUGAUGGCUAAUCGAAUUCUGCUCCUGUUGGCUAUGGCAUCAAGGAAUGAUCCAAAUUCUUCUUCUAAUAUUCUGAGUGAAACUGCUGGUCAUUUUUUGAAAAAUUUGAAAAGUCAACUUCCUCAGACAAGAAUACUUGCCAUCUCAGCUUUAAAUACUCUAUUAAAAGAAUCACCUUAUAAGCUUUCGCCUGGAGAACAGACUGUUCUUUCUGGGAACAAGCAAGGACAUAAAAAAUCAUCCCUCGAAGAAGAAUUAACUCAAAUUUUUAUGGAGAAUGGAUUCUUUACUGAGACUUUGAACAGUCUUUCUCAUGUUCAUAUAACUACUGACAUGGAAAACACUUCUUCGAGAGGAAAUUAUGGGAAUUCUUCUUUCCAGAGUCUAGCAGACAAGUCAAUUACUCGCUUUUAUUUUGACUUUUCAUCUUCAUGGCCGCGCACUCCUAGUUGGAUCUCUUUAUUAGGAUCUGACAACUUUUACUCAAACUUUGCUCGGAUUUUCAAGCGUCUCAUACAAGAAUGUGGCAUGCCUGUUUUAUUGGCACUUAAAAGUUCAUUAGAAGAGUUUAUAAUUGCCAAGGAAAGAUCUAAGCAAUGCGUUGCUGCUGAAGCAUUUGCUGGGGUAUUGCAUUCUGAUGUCAAUGGUCUUUUAGGAGCAUGGGACAGCUGGAUGAUGGACCAGCUGCGGAAUAUCAUUCUAUCACAGUCGGUAGAAUCGAUACCUGAAUGGGCAGCUUGUAUACGUUAUGCGGUUACUGGGAAAGGAAAGUAUGGAACAAGGGUCCCUCUUUUGAGGCAGCAUAUACUUGAUUGUUUGGCCACAACUUUACCAUCAACAGUAACUACCACUAUAGUUGCCAAACGCUAUGCAUUUCUUUCAGCAGCACUUAUAGAAAUAUCCCCACAAAAGAUGCCAGUAGCUGAAAUUCAGCUCCACUAUAAACUUCUCGAUGAGCUGCUUGGUAGCAUGUGCCAUUCAUCUGCUCAAGUGAGGGAAGCAAUAGGAGUUACUCUUUCUGUUUUAUGCUCUAAUAUUCGGCUUCAUGCAUCAUUUGAUCAUGAUUGUUCGCAUGAGGCAGAAAAUAAGGAAGUAAAUAACCAGCUUAAAGAGAAACUUUGGGUUCAAUUUCUAGUAGAACGAGCAUCUGAAGUGGUAAUGAAUAUUCAGCAUACCAAUCAGUCCGACAGCUCAGAAAGCAAAAUGAAUACAAGUUAUCAAAAUGGGAUACUGAAUGGUGAUUCACAAGAUGAUGCCAAAUGGAUGGAAACGCUUUUCCAUUUUAUCAUCUCAUCUUUGAAGUCUGGAAGGUCUUCAUAUUUGCUGGAUGUGAUCGUGGGACUUCUCUAUCCCGUGAUAUCCUUGCAGGAUACUUCAAAUAAAGAUUUGUCAACCUUGGCAAAGGCAGCUUUUGAAUUGCUAAGGUGGAGGAUUAUCUGGGAACCUCAUCUUCAGGAUGUUGUAACUGUGAUUCUUUCUUCAGCGAAUGAUUCCAACUGGCGAAUUAGAUCUGCGACAUUGACGUAUCUACGUACUUUUAUGUACAGGCACACAUUCAUUCUUUCAAACGCGGAGAAACAACAAAUCUGGGAAACUGUAGAAAAGCUACUUAUAGACAACCAAGUUGAGGUAAGGGAGCAUGCAGCUGCAGUUUUAGCAGGGCUAAUGAAGGGUGGGGAUGAAGAUCUAGCUAAGGGCUUUCGUGAUAAGGCAUACAAGCAAGCAAGUAAUCUUCAGAGGAAGAAGAAGAAGAGAAAUUUGAAUUCAAGUCAGUCGAUUGCUUCUACUCAUGGUGCUGUACUUGCUUUGACAGCUUGUGUGUUAUCAGCUCCCUAUGAUAUACCCAGUUGGUUGCCGGAGCAUGUAACAUUACUAGCUCGUUUUGGUGGGGAGCCAUCACCUGUAAAAUCUACAGUUACAAAAGCAGUGGCUGAAUUUCGGCGUACACAUGCUGAUACGUGGAAUAUUCAGAAAGAUUUAUUUACUGAAGAGCAACUUGAGGUUCUUGCCGACACAUCCUCCUCAUCGUCAUAUUUUGCUUGAUCUAGAGAAUAUAUUUGUAUUUUAUAGUAAGAAAAUAGAUAUGGUUGUUACACAUUGAUUGAGAAGUGAUAGCAAGAUAUUAUGUAAUAAUCUAUAUAUAUAUUUUUUUCCUUCACAGUUUAUAAAAUGAGCAUUAUUUACA